CUCGGAGGGACACUGGGGACAUGGGGGGACAAGAGAGCCGGGGGGACACGGGGCCGGGGCGGCCAUGAGGCAGCGGGAGGUCAGCGGCAGCGCAUCCCCGGCGGCCGGGCUGACGUCGGAGGGCCGGGCGGUGACGUCACGGCGGCGGUGGCGGGCGGUGACGUCACGGCCGCGGGAUGAGUCACGGUGCCGUGAUGCGGCUCCCGGGCACGCAGGGCCCCCCCGCGCCCGCCCCGGGGACAGCGGCGACAGCGGCAGCGGGGACAGCGGCGGGCGGCGAGCGGCCCCGGCCCCCGGGAAGCCACGGAAGCCGCCCCCCUUUUCCGCCUCCUUCUGCCGGGGGGCCCCGGCGGAGCCCCCCGAGCCCGGCCGGGCGGGACGGCGGCUCUGGGCGCGCUGCUGCGCUGCUUCCCCUGCGAGCGGCUGUGCGGGGGCUGCGCCGUGCCCCAAUAAGGAUGAUGAUUGGCGCCGCCGCCUGCCCCCCGGGGCCCGCCUGCCCCCCGGGGCCCGCCUGCCGCCGCGCACCUUCCGCAGCUACCUGCCGCGCUCGCACCGCACCUACAGCUGCGUGCACUGCCGGGCGCACCUGGCCCGCCACGAGGAGCUCAUCUCCAAGUCCUUCCAGGGCAGCCACGGCCGUGCCUACCUGUUCAACUCCGUGGUGAACGUGGGCUGCGGCCCGGCCGAGCAGCGCCUGCUGCUCACGGGGCUGCACUCGGUGGCCGACAUCUUCUGCCAGAGCUGCAAGACCACCCUGGGCUGGAAAUACGAACAGGCGUUCGAGAGCAGCCAGAAGUACAAGGAGGGCAAGUUCAUCAUCGAGAUGUCGCACAUGGUGAAGGAGAACGGCUGGGACUGAGGGGGGGGCACAGCAGGGACUGGGGGGCACCUGGGGGGGCGCUGGGUGACCCUCUCCUUGGCAUCUUCGCUGUGCCCCCCGGCGCCCCCCGGGUGGCACCAGCCGUGGGGGUCACGGGGCUUUUCUAGGGCAAUAAAGGCUUUUUUUU